GCAAAUAUUUCGUGAUCGAAAUAUAACUGAAAAAAAAGUUGUAAAAAAAUUUUUUUUGCCGGUUAGAAAAACGUUCCAACAGAAAAAAGUAAAUACAAAUAUAACAACAGCAACAACAAACAGAAGGCAUUUAACAAAAUGGUUAAUAAUAAACUAAAUAAACAGAGACAGCAACAAAAUGUUGCUGCGCAAAAAUUAUUAACACAACAACAGCAAACACAAGAACAGCACCAGCUACAACAAACAAAUGUGCUAAAAGAAUUAAAAAACGUAAGCAACAAGAUCAACAAUAAUAAUGUAAUUGUCCAAAAUAGUAGUCAAAAAGCGAAUAACGUAAAUAAAAGUAACAAUGGAAAAAGCAAUAACAAAAAUAAUGAUACGGCUAGUGUAGUACAAAAAAAUCGUAAUAAUAACACUAACAAAACACAGAAGAAACAGAAUAUUGGCAGCAAUAACAGUAAGAAAACACAAUACCAACAACAAUUACACCAACAACAUAACAUAAAAUCGGAUGCAAAUAUACGAAUGACAAAUAAGAAUAUGCAAAUACAAUGUGAAAAAAAUAAGAAUGAUAAACAAAAUAAAACCAUCCGUGUGAUCUCCAAAGCUUUUACCAAUAGUAAUGUAAAUAAUAAUAAUCAAAGUAGAAACACAAACAACAACAAUAAUAAUUAUAUUAAUAAUAAUAAUAACAACAACAACAUUAAAACUGACAAUAAUUAUAUCAAAUCAAACAAUGACAACUCAUCAAUUCCAGAAAUUGCACAAAAUGUAGUUAAUUCAAAUAAAAAUAAUGAUAAUGAUAACGAUAAAAAUAUAAUUAUUGAUAAAAAUGAUAAAAUUGUUGCAGUUAGUACUCAAGAAACAACAGAUUCUAAUGAAGCAGAGACGACACCAAACGAAACAACAGAAUUAAAAAAAUCCCCUGACGAUAUUUUAACAGCUGCACCAACGUGUGCAAAAUGUUUAAAACCCACUUCGGCCUUGCCCUAUAAGCAGUAUGAACCCAUAUUGAUUGUCAGUAGUAGUGGUGGUGUUAAUAAUCAUAACAAUGCCAAACAAUAUAGAAAGUCAAAGUCAUAUCUUGGUGGAGGUCGCAAUAAUAAUAACAAUAAGUCAACAGAUAAUCAACAGAGAAAUGGUCAAGGUCGUAAAGAAUAUCAUCGAUCCUAUAGUAGUUCAUAUGAUCGUACUUUUGCUGAACGUAAUAGAGAUUUCGUACCAAUAUUACCGCCCGCAAAACCUGUGCUUUCAUCAUCAAAUGUAGCAGCUGUCAUCGUCGACUCAGAUAAAUUGAUUAUUGUCGAACGAUGCGGAAAGGGCAGAAUUUCGUAUCCCAUAAUGCAGUGCGGGACAUUAGACGCACCCAUUCCUUCAUAUCAUCAACAGAGAUCAACCAGAAUGGAUGCUUAUCAAAUUGAUGAUGGUUUUCACUCUGAUGGUGGCACUGAAACACCACCGCCAUCACCGAGUUCUGGCUCAUCCAUUGCAUCCACUUCGGAUCAUGGUUCGCUAGAAAGUGUUGAUACUGGCGGUACACAACGUUUGGCUGUACUUUCAUUUGAGCAGGUGCGAAAAUUGCAUAAUGUUAUGGAUGAAAAAGUUGCCAUUCAUGGACGCGGUAAUUUUCCAACAUUGGAAGUAACAUUGAAAGACUUAGUAAAUGCAGUACGACGCAAGCUAGAGGCUGAUGUUGGCUCUGGUGGUGCUGGUGUGAUAGUCAAAGAUAUACGUUUGAACGGAGGCGCAGCUAGUCAUGUUUUAGCAUCCGAAGAUCAGCCAUAUAAUGAUUUAGAUCUUAUAUAUGCCAUUGAACUAAGCUCAUCACGUCAUUUUGAUCGCGUUAAGAACGCUGUACUAAAUACAUUACUUGAUUUAUUGCCAGAAGGUGUAUCCAAACGACGAAUUAUGCCAUGCGCUUUAAAAGAAGCUUACGUUGGUAAAAUGGUUAAAGUAAAUAAUAAUAAUGAUGGCGACCGCUGGUCACUUAUAUCAUUAGGCAAUUCUCCUGGUCAUAAAAAUGUAGAACUGAAAUUUGUUGAUACAAUGCGCCGACAAUUUGAAUUUUCAGUUGAUUCCUUCCAAAUUGUUUUGGACUCAUUACUUUUGUUUUAUGAUUGCGCUGCAUUACCAAUAUCGGAAAAUUUCUAUCCAACUGUUGUAGGAGAAUCAGUUUAUGGCGACUUCCAAGAGGCACUAUAUCACUUACAAAAAAAAUUGAUCUCAACGAGACAACCGGAAGAAAUACGUGGUGGCGGUUUACUCAAGUAUUGUAAUUUACUUGUACGUAAUUAUAAACCCGUUGAUCCACAACGUAUCAAAACAAUGGAACGUUAUAUGUGCUCAAGAUUUUUUAUCGAUUUUCCGGAUAUAAAUACACAGACUGUUAAAUUGGAAGCAUAUUUACGCAAUCAUUUCUGGGGUGUAGAUGAGGAACCACUACAGUAUCAGUACCUGAUGCAUUUACGUCAAGUUGUUGAAAUGUCUACUGUUUGCCUGAUGGGACAUGAGCGGCGACAAACUUUGCUACUCAUACAGACACUCGCAGCUCAGGUUCUUUUCAAAGAUCAACAGAAACAACAGUUAACACAGGAGCAAUAUCAGCAAGUCGUUGAUAUGCAACAACAGCAACAACAACAACAGCAGACUGUAACCAUUGUCGCAGCACAGCAAUCACAACAACCACAACAACAGCUACAGACUAUAUAUCUACAGCAGGCUACACCGACAACAACCGCUAUUUGUUGUACUAUGCCGCCGACUAAUGAACAGCAAGCACAACAGCAACAACAGGCUCAACAGCAACCACAAACACAACAGCAGCAACAAGCAACUGUUACCGCAACCGUUCCUCAAACAAUACAAAUACAGGCCGGACCACCAGGUUUAAUUUACGCUAAUGGCGUCUACUAUGCACCUGUGAUACCAACAAUUUGCACAUGCAAUUCGACUUGGCUAAGCACGUGAUUAAGCGUGCCAGCAAAAACAAUUAU